CAUCUGCUAAUAAAAACCCUACCUUUUCUUUUUCUUCUUCUCCUCACCUCAUCGCGCGGUCUCUAGAACCCCCAUUGUUGAUCUCGGGCCUUGUUUAUUUAUUAUCAUUUACAAAGAUUUUGAGUUACCCAUGAAGUUUGGGAAACGGCUGAAACAACAAAUGCAAGAAACGUUGCCGGGGUGGCGGGACAAGUUCUUGUCGUACAAGGAGUUGAAGCAGCUUGUUCGGCAGAUAUCUUCGUCUCCGACGCAGUCGAAUGGGUCGCUAGAGUACGGAAAGGCCGAAAAGGAGUUUGUGUACUUGCUGAACAAUGAGAUCGAGAAGUUCAACGCGUUCUUCAUGGAGCAGGAAGAGGAUUUCGUUAUCCGGCAUAAGGAGUUGCAACAGAGGAUCCAGAGAGUGGUUGAUAUAUGGGGACAGAAUGGGAGUCAGCCUUCAGAGGCAAAUUAUAAAGAUGAAAUGGCAAAGAUCAGGAAAGAUAUCGUUGAUUUUCACGGUGAAAUGGUGCUUUUAGUAAACUACAGCAAUGUCAAUUACACAGGGCUGGCCAAGAUCUUAAAGAAGUAUGACAAGCGAACAGGAGGCCUUUUGCGUUUGCCAUUCAUUCAGAAGGUAUUACAGCAGCCAUUUUUCACAACAGAUCUUAUUUCGAAACUGGUGAAGGAAUGCGAAAGCACCAUAGAAGCAGUAUUCCCAGCUGAGGAUGGAAAGAAAACUAGAGAACCAAAACAAGCCAUAACAGUUGCUGAAGAAGGAAUUUUCAGGAACACUGUUGCAGCCUUGCAGACAAUGCAAGACAUCAGAAGAGGAAGCUCUACUUAUGGUCACUUCUCUCUGCCUCCUCUGAACUUACCGGACUCCGACCUCACUCAGUCAAUCCAACUCAACUCUCCUAUACCCAUUAUCUAAUAAGAGAUGAAAUCUAUCAAACUACAACAGUUUUAUAUAUAUAUAUAUAUAUGUGUGUGUGUGUGUAUACGUGUGUGUAUAUAUAUAACACGUUGUUGGCUAAUAACUUCAUACUUCCUAGUGUGUUUUUGGGGCUUAGGAGAGAAAAAAAAAAAAACUUUGUUUCUGGGGAUCCAUGCUGUAGUAGGGAUUAGUAAAUUUCCUUUUGGAUGGUAACCGGAUUGGUAAAUUUGAUGUCAAGUGUUCGGUACAUCAAGUUCAGAAAUUGUUCUGAUGGCGUUGAUAUGUAAUUUAGAAUAUAUCUCGGAAGCGUACUGUGUUAGAUUUUCUCCCCAUAGCUGAGGAAUAAUAUACCCUUUCAUUAUUAUCCA